AGACUCCGCCCCUUGGUGAUCCUGCCGCUAGGCUAGGGGUGCGCACGCAGUCUGGACUCCUUGACCGGAAGUGAGCGUUUGGAUGCCUUUCGGCGUGUGAAGAACCUUGGAUUUUGAUCCGCAGUCGGGAGAAUCCAGGUACGGUGCUGAGUGCCGGGCAAGCAAAAAGGCAAAACUCUGAAUUGUCUCGGAGAAGCUCACCUUUUAAUAGGGGAAAUUGCACAUACUCACAAGAUUGAAUCGGUGGAAGGAACCGUGGAUGGGAAGGUUGCCCAGCAGAGGAUGCGAUUUGAGCCGAAUCUUAAAAGGAGCCAGAGUUUGGAGGAAGUGAGAUUGGAUCGUAGAGUGCAUGUAGAGGAUUCCAGCUUAAGAAGUUGGAAGAUUUCCUUUUGAGAAGCUCUAAAAUUGUUCAGAGGGAGAAAAAUUUGAGCUCAAAAAUCUCAGAUCUUCACUUCCAUUUUCAAGGGGGAAGUAGUAUUUUAAAUUAUAUGAUGCCUAUAACCUUGGGAUCCCCUAUCCCAAUAACGCCAUUGAUGAAGCUAGAGGAGGAUUCUUUUUCUGGACAUGAUUUUGCCCUGAGAGGGGACAACCCUGAGACAGCUCGACAACACUUCAGGCAAUUUCAUUACCAGAUGUCUGGGCCCCAUGAGACUAUGAGACAACUCAGGAAACUCUGCUUUGGGUGGCUUAGACCAGAGAUUCACUCAAAGGAGCAGAUAUUGGAAAUGCUGAUGCUGGAACAGUUCCUAACCAUCUUACCUGGAGAGAUCCAGACCUGGGUGCGAAAGCAGUGUCCAGAAAGUGGAGAAGAAGCAGUGACCCUGGUAGAGGGCUUACAGAAAGACCCUGGGAGAUUGUGGCAUUGGAUCAAAGUCCAAGUGCUUGGACAGGAAGUUCUUUCAGAGGAAAUGGAAUCAUCAGGUGUCUCUGUGGAGCCUCAUGCUAAGGCAAUGCUUCAGAAGGAAGGCGCACAGAAUUCACUCUCAGCACAGGAGGAGCAUCUGAACCACAGCAUCAAAGAAGAGUCUGAAAACUCACUGGAGUUUGGUUUGCCAAUUUCCCAGUUUUCUACUUUUCCUGAAGGAAGGCAUACUAGAGACAAGAAUGAGACAGCUUCACUUCAUUUAUCUAGUUCUCAGGUGCAGUGGCAGUGUCUGAAUCAGACUCAGAAAGAGCUUUACUGGGAUGCUAUGCUGGAGGAUUAUGGGAAGGUGGUUUCACUAGGAAUUCCCAUUUCUAAACCAAACCCAAUUAAUCUGGUAGAUGGAAGGGAAGAGCUUGAUGGAUCACAUUCCUGUUCAAGUGAAGAGAUGGCAAAAAGCAUUUGCAUAGGAGACAGGAGGGAGAAUGACAAAGAGAAUCUUCACUUGAAAAAUGCAAGGAGCCAGGAAUCUCAGAAGAUUUCUUUCUGGCAAGCUUCAGAAAAGGUAUCUUCACAGGCCUCCCUGAAUGAAUUCAUUGAAGAAGAACUAAGAAGCUCUGGAGUAAGAAAAGAUUUGACUAUCCAGGAGAACCCUCAGGAUAGAGUAAGGGCAGGGAAAAGCCUUCCUCUGGAAAAGAAUUUAGGGAAAUCUCUAGGUCAGCAUUUUUCUAGUCCAGUGGAACAAGAUUCCCCAUGGAGGGAGGAGAAGAAAGAAGUCUGCCAGAAAGGUCAGUUACGAACCCUUGCUGGACAGAAGUAUAAUGUUACAGAUAGAUGCAUAGACUGCGGAAAAAGUUUUGCUCGGGAAUCUCAACUUGUCAUCCACCGAAGAAUUCACACUGGAGAGAGACGCUAUCAGUGUUCUACCUGUGGAAAAAGUUUUAGUCGGAGCUCAGACCUUAGGAAACAUCAAAGAAUCCACACAGGGGAGAAACCUUAUAAAUGUGAUUAUUGUGGCAAAGGCUUUAGUGAUUUCUCUGGAUUACGCCAUCAUCGAAGAACUCAUACAGGAGAAAAACCAUACAAAUGUUCUAUCUGUGGGAAAAGUUUUAUUCAGAGGUCUAACUUUAAGAGACAUCAGAGAGUUCACACAGGAGAGAAACCUUUUAAAUGUUCUUGUUGUGGGAAAUGCUUCAGUUGGAGCUCAAGUCUUGAUAAACAUCAAAGAUCCCACACAGGAGAAAAAUCUUUUAAAUAAUCUAAGAGAGACUAGGUAUCAGUACAAAAAUCCCAUUUCUAGGUGAUUAAGAAAAUUCCUUACUUCAGAAAAAUACAUUAGAAGCAAUUAUACCUAUUAAUGAAUAUUUUUAUUCUUAAAAAUCAUUUCCUUCUUAUUGGAUUAAAGGGGAGGGGUUAGAGUCUAUCUAAACAUAGAUAAUGUGGCUUAAGAUUGGGUAUUGGGCUUUCCCUAGAUUGCAUUUUCUAUAAUGGGAACAAGACUAUGAGUCUCAUCCCCCAACUCAUCUUCUUGUGUUGCUUCUUGCGUUCAUAUGAAUUUCACAAGUCAUAGUUAACCAAAAUCAUUUUACUUAGGUUUAACUAAUCCUUAUAUCCUCAUUCUCAUCCCCCUCUGAGAUAUCAGAAAUGGUAAUGGCACCAAGAAGGCCAUCUUCAGGUUCAUAGGUGGAUCUGUGGACUAUCAUAUGAAUGUGAUAGUGGUGAAAGGAUGUCUAGGUGUUCCAUUUUGUCAAGGCAAAGGUAGGAAAAGCUGAAGAAAUGCAGGUUUUAGCAGUUUCCUGUAUUUAUGUGGGAAUGGAUCUUUCAAAAUUAAGAAAAAAAAUUUCAUGGAUGAAAAAUGAAAGGAUGAAGUAAGGAAUGAGGCAUCAGAUAAUGGGGAGAGGAGAGAGUUAGCAAAACAGAAUUUAUAGAACAUUUGAAAUGCUCUUUAUAUAGAAUUUUUUGUAGGGAAGUAGGUAAAUUUUUUUCUGUAUCCUACUUUAAGUAGUAAAUCCAUAAAGAAAACUUUUCCUUUCUAGGUUUCUAGGUUGGUUUUCCUCUCCAAACAGUUUUUUUUUUCCUUUUAAGUUCCAAUUUAAUUAUGAGCAUAGGAAUCAAAUUUUCAUAUAUGCCCUUGUAUCCUCUGUAAUACCAAAGACAGUGCUUGCUCAAUAAACACUCAUUGUUGAUCUUU